GAAACUUCAACUUGCUUUGAUACAAGAUAUGGAAAUAUGAGAAUAUUCAGGUUCAAGUAGAUUGAAGUAUUUAUUUCAAAGUGUUUGGACGGAGCUUUCUCACAUGGAGACAAGAAGCUAGCACAUAUAUCAAACAAAAGAAGGUAUGAGUGUCGCUACGACCCCGCAAGGCAAACCUCCACCUGUGACAGCUCAAUGUUAGUGAGGGAACGAGCGCACGUGGAACACUUUGUGUGUCAGCAUCUUCAAACAGAACGUAAUGGCUGGGCAGAAAAACUUACCGCUGCUCUGAAUGAAAUAGAAAACCAGCGUAAACUUGUAAUUGAAGCAGACUCCAGAUUGAAUUCAAUUAAAUCAACACUUACCAAACCUGCCAUCCUGCAAAUUCGGAGAGCAUCACAUGGGUUUGAGGGGGCAGGGUUUGAGUCUAGUUUAGCAUAUGUAGAACAAGCAGUCAUCCAGCUGGUAGGUACACUGGGUCAACUAAUGGAAGAACGUGAGAGAUGUUUACAACAACUUGGACUGCCGCACAAUGCAGUUAAACCUGGAAUAUUAGAUAAAGUGAUGUUGACUGUAUUAAAUACAACAAAGAAAACCAUAGAGGCAGACCUAGUCAAGUUUUCAGACUACUUCAACCGCUUAGAGCAACGCUACAUGGAGCAAGACAACAGAUUACUACAAAUUGCUUCACAGGUUAAUGGACUACAAGAAAAGAUUGAGUUUGUUCUGUCUAAGAAGGCUGACUGGGAAUUCUGGGUGGCCCCAGUAGCACAAAACCUUAUUAUUCCUCCCUCUACUGAGGAGAGUAACCAUGACCAACCAAAACAUCCACUAUCCAAGAAAACAAAGGCAAAGUUAAUACGUUAUGAGAGCCUCAUCGGAGCUCUGCGCACAAAAAUAGAGAACUUGGAAGACACUCUACAGAAAGCUAUGUACAACAAUACAAACUAUCGCCUGCAGUUGAAGUCUAUGGAUAAACCUGUGGCGACACUAAAUCCUAGUAAAUCGUUGAGAUUUUUAACCAACCUAUCUAGCUCAUCUCAAUCACUUGGGCCAAAUGAGACCAUAGCUCUCCACGAAUCCCAAGUUGAUAAAAAAGGACAGCCACUUUAUGAAGGAAAUGAACGGCUUCCCAUCCUACUUUCAUCAGAGUUUAACCCAAAUAAUAUUAAAUCUCCAAGGAGACCGCAUAUAAAACAAAAUAGCCAGUUACAAAGCUUGAAUAUGAAGUCAUGUCUAAGGUGUCAUAAACUCUACAAUGAAAAGGACAAUCAUAAAAAGGCAUGUAGGUGUCAUCCUAAAGGGAAAGAGAGAAUGGAGAAAUAUGACAGUCAGGGUAAAUUGGUUGCUGUAAAUUGGGUAUGGCAAUGUUGUCAACAGCUUGAACCAACAAGAGGCUGUAGCUUUGGACUGCAUCUAUAAUCUCUAAGAGAUGCCUCUACCUUUUGUUGCACCAGACAUGCC